CGUUUAUUUGCAUUUCUGAUAAAGUAUUUAACUAGUUAUGUUCAUUACCACCUGCGAGUGUAAGAUUAAUUUGAACGAAAAGCGCGAAAACGGCAUUGGAUGACUGUUGUAAACGGUACCAUUAAGUUCAUUGGCGCUUACAAGGAAAGUUUAUGAGUGUAAAAGAACGUCGAUGCUACGCCACUGGACCGAAGUGCAGGGGAAUGGAUAUUGUGCAGAAUACGCUCUGAAAAGGGAGCAGGACCCGCAGUAGUGCACGCAGCAAGCAAAGAUUGUCAAGAUGGAUGCUCGUAGCCGAUGGUACGGAGUAUGGAUUUUGCCGCGUGAUUCGUGAAAUGCGAAAUCGCUGUUGUUGUUCGGUGAGAGAAAAAAAGAUCGUGUAUUGGAAAAUGUCUGUGUUCACGGUGUUCUAACGUUGUUCUGCUAUGGUGUCUCUCGAUACGCAGCGUUGAGUAAACCAAGUGAUUUCACGUAGUGAUGAGAAAAACACCCAAAACCAGUGCAGUAGCAGCGGCUUUCUACAAUGGUGGAUAACAAUUGUAUUAUCGAGGGAAACGUCAAAUUUCGCGACGGCAAAAAAUGGAAAUCCAGAUGGUGUGUCAUGAGGAAGUUGUCACCAGUUGCAGAUUGUCUCCAUUUGCAACUUUACGGAGAUAGCAAGGAUCGAUACAAGCAAGGCCAAACGAAAGCUUCGUUAAGCUUGCAACACUUCCUCGGCGUGGAGAGCGGUUUCACUCUCGACAAGGAGUCCAACACGAUUGCUAUAAUAUGCCAGGACGUGACCGUCGUCCUGGCCUUCGACACUAGAGAACGGUUGAUCCAAUGGCAAGUGAAGAUAUCGAACAAUCUAGGCGAAGACCAACAGUUCCUGAUACUGAUUUCCACGGUGCCGUCGAAAGCGAAGCUCACGAAUGGCCCCGCGCAUCUGCACAUUCAGGAUCGUCGUUUCUGCAUCACCGUCGGCAUACCACCAAGACUGGUGGGCAUCUGGGAGAUCGCGCAUCUUCGACGCUAUGGAGUAGUAGAGGGUAGAUUUUGCUUCGAAGGUGGAUCGGGAUGCGGCCGAGGGGAAGGUCUUCACGUCCUGAUCACGGAUCAGGGAGAGGAUAUCGUAAAGAUGCUGCAACUAGCGGCGGAAGGGAAGUUGACGAAAAAGCGGCCGAUCAGCAGGGAGCAAAUGGCUCAAGACAGUCCCCGCCGUCAAUUCUCUCGAUCCGAAACUAGGGCCAGCGACUUUUUCCCCUCGACUGUGUACUCGUCAACGUAUGAGGAUCAGUGCGACAGCUGCAAAAACGAGAGUUCACCCUACUGGUCGUCCGCCGAGAGCAGGCAGCAAACCGAGCUCGACAGGGAUUACAGCAGCAGAGACACCAUCUCUGUCUCGGAGCUGCCCGACCAGCCAGGUGAUUGGCGCAGCUGUUCCCUGACCCGUCAAGGCACGACUGCGCUGGAACGUUGCGCUAGCUGUAUCAGCAAACUCGGCACCGUGUCGAAAUCCUCGACUCUAGCCACGACGACUGGCGUCAGCAGCAUAAGCAGUCCCGCAGGCACCAUGAACAAUCUCGUCGGCCACUUGCAGCCACGCACGUUGGAUCGGUUGUCAUUGUCCUCGUACAGUAGUAGCAGCCACGAUAGCGAUUACUCCAGUUCCCAGCCACAGGUAGAGUGUCACUGUUCCCAGAUGAAGAGCUCGCAGCCGCAGCAGACGGCCGUUCAGCGCUCGUCGCCGAGUCCCGGCGCACUGCCACCGAGACCUCCAAAACCGUCCCAAAACACUGCCACGAAAAAGGUAAAAAAGCCACCCAUGCCACUGCCAAACGAACAAAUCUGUGUGCACUCGCGUAAGCAGCAACUGGUCGCGCGCAACGCGUCCGCGGUCACCGUUGCCGCUGGACCGUACGAGAAUUACGACGUUCCCAAGACGAUCUUAGGUCAUCACAUGCUGUUGGAGCAGGCUCCCCAACCGGAUCAGUAUUACGAUACGCCAAGGAAAAUCAAAGAAUGCCUCGCACUGCCAAAACCUUAUCCCAACUACGACACACCGCAGACGCCACAGGCUGUGGUUCUGCAGCAAUGCGGUUGCCCGGCCAAGCUCGCCAUUCAGUCGCCCCGCUCUUCAGGGUGUCCUUGUCAGAACAUGAUGAGCUGGGCCGGUUUCGUGUUGCCGUACUGCAGACGGGGAGCGGGGAUAGAGCCGACCGGAGUAGCCGUUCAUCCAGUGAAACUCUCUGGCGAAGGAAAGAUGCCGGUGGUGAACGCCAGUGGGGAAAUUGCCAUUUACGCAACGGCGAAAAGGGUGAAGAAGACUGAGACCGUCGAAGAGAAGGCUAUCGACGAUUGCGAUUGCCUCCAGGAGAACAGAUCCAACAAUUACGAGAACGUCGAGCCGGUUAUCGAUACGCAACCAGAGUCCAAGCAAGCGAACUACGCGAACAUCGACUUCACAGAGUCUCUGGAGCACUACGAGAACAGUAAAGACCUUCUGGCAAAGAGCGGAAUAUCCCAGGAGGAGAUCGAGAAGUUCGCCGAUCAGAUUAAAGAGGAGGUGCCUGAAGCAAUCACCGAAGAUUCGUCAAAGAUAUGCCAAAAGUGCGGCCACCUGAAGGAUAGAGAGAACGAUUACUUGGUGAUGGAUCCUGAGAAGCAAACGCCAAAGAAACCAUUCCCUGGUUACCUACCGAUGCAACCGGCUCACAAUGCCUGCUCGAGGGAGGUCCUGUCGAGGAUCUGCAGCGGCAUAAAAAGCUCGAGCAAUCCCGCGUUGUCCGGAUCAGCGUCAACCGAUAGCGGGAAGAAACGAUCCGACUCCGAGUUUCGUGUUCCUGGCUCGGCGAUGUUGUCUAGCCCGUACCUCAGACGUCGUUACUUUGACGGAAACGGCACGGAGUCUAACGGGAACAUCAGUUUACUGUUGAGAAAACGAUCAUACUCCGCGGAGUCCGCUCAUUAUCUGGACGACGAGAACCACACGUUCCCGUCGACCCUCACCAUCCACAAGUGCUCGAGCGAAGCUGACAAGGCUUCUCUGGUCACGGGAGACACGCACGCCUCGUGCGUUACUUCUGAAACGAAGAACGGCCAAGAGAACGUGCAGCUGUCGCUAGCCUCGCCUCAGCCGUCGUUCAUCAAGAUCCGACGUUCUUCUUCCGUGCCGUCGAAGACAGGUCACAACAGAGACUCUUCGAGCAGCAACGACUCUGGCGUCUCCACCGGGUCCCUCAGUCACAGAACCGCCGAGUUCGUCGAGUUCGAGCUGUCCAUAACGCCGUCGACCUCGACGAGAAAACAGAACGUGUUAUCCGUUUAUCGGAAGAGUCCACCACCCACGUGUUACCAUAGCAGCUUACCAAGGAAAUCAAAAUCCAGCGAUCCGCUCCGAGAGUUGUCCUUUCAGUUUCAAAAGAUCAAAAUACCUACCAAGUCCUCGUCGGCGGAGGCUGACAUACCCACGUGUUUGCCAAAAGGAGCGAAGGGUUUCAACAGUCCUGGGGAAGUGUCUAGCGCCCCUUACAUCGACUCGCGGAGCACCAGCAGCGGUACAUCCGACAUGUCCGACUACAUCGAGACGUUGUCGUUGUCGUCUCACUCGUCGUCCGAUACGCCAGACAGUCUGAGACUGGGUGGCAGAGCAGUGGCAACGACGCUUCGUCCACGUAGCGGAAAGGAAUAUUACAAGAUCGACCGAAGUAUUCUCGUCGAGCAAGGAAGAACGUUAACGACGCCAUCCGCUAAUUACGCGAACAUCACCCCGGUGCUCGAGAAAAGCGAGUCCCCUUCGCCUGGAUACAUGAGUAGCUCACCCUUCGAACAACCGCAACCUACGCGCGAACACUUUUUGUUUCCUGAUGAGGCUUGAACGCGGCAGCAAUGUUUGGGAAAAGAGCGGAAAACUUCAAGUUCCUAGGAAUUCCAAACAAAAUCGGUAAGAGUAUUCGUGGUAGAAAAUAUAAUUAUAUCGGGGCGUUAUGACCGUUUACACUAUACGCGGGUAUCUAGCAGUUACCCAAACGUAGUUUUCAAUGCAGGCGAGUGCGCGCGAAGCGUGCGCACGUUGAUAUCAUUCCGUCAGACUGAGGUAAGGGAAAAACAAAACACCUUCGAAGGUC